AUGGCCUUGCUCUCUGAGCCAUCUCAUGUACAUAAACAGGAGCAUACCUGCCUCCAUGUUGCCGACCAGCUCAUUCAAGCUGGCUACCGGGUGCGGGGUACAAGCAGAGACACGACCAAAACCGCCUGGAUUACCGAGAUGUUUGACAAGAGGUACGGCGAGGGCAAAUUUGAAGCUGUGGUAGUAAAAGACAUGGCAGAAAGUGGUGCCUUUGAUGAAGCAUGUAAAGGCGUCUCCGGUGUGGCUCACGUCAUACCGACUGUAGUGAAUGGAGCCGUGAACGCAGCUACCUCUGCUGCCAAACAGACCUCGGUCAAACGCUUCGUCUACACCUCUUCUUCAACUGCCAUCACCGCGCCCAGACCCAAUGUUGAGAUCACAAUCAGCACAGAAAAUUGGAACAACGAGGACGUCAAGGCAGCUUGGGAACCUCCUCCGUUUGAAGCAAAAGGAGCAUGGAGUCCAUACGGCGCGAGUAAGACGCAAGCUGAGCAGGAAAUGUGGAAGUUUGUGAAAGAGCAUGAACCAGGCUUCGUUCUGAACGCAGUGUUGCCAAACACCAACAUGGGAGAGAUCCUUAGCGACAAGCAACCCGCGUCGACAGGAGGGUGGGUCAGGAGUGUGUACAAUAGAAACCUUAACGCCGUCAAGGACGUCCCUCCCCAGUGGAUGGUCAAUGUUAAAGAUACAGCACGACUGCAUGUUGCUGCACUUCUAGAUCCAGAAGUGGAAAAUGAGCGGAUACUGGCCUUUGCACACCCUUAUAAUUGGAAUGACGUUUUGGCGGUUUUGCGUAAAAUCCACCCUGACAAGAACUUUCCGACGGACGUUGAGGAUGAGCCGCGAGAUUUAAGCAAGUUGAAUAACUCGAGAGGAGCUGCGCUCUUGAAGGCAUUCGGCCGACCGGGAUUCACUGGUCUGGAAGAAACUGUCAGGGAAAAUACCGCGGGUCUUUAG